AUGCUUAAUUUUAUUGCUUUAACGUUUUUAGUAUGCAUAUCAGCAAGUUUGGUAACCGCCAAUUCGGAUUACCCUUACAAUGAUAAUACAUACAAUGGUUUUAUGGCUGCAUUUAUGAAUUCAUGGAAUCAAAACAGAGAAUGCCAAAUUGGGCCUCAAACGGGCGUUUGCAUGUCCAGAGCAGAGUGCAGGAGAGAAGGUGGAGUUUCUGGUUCUGGUUGUGGAAUGUUUGGCACUUGUUGCAUCGUUCAGAGAACAUGUGGCGCCAGGGUCAAUCGCAAAAUCAGCUACCUAGAAAAUUUGGGCUCAACGUCGAACAGAGGUCAAUCCUGCUCUUACACUAUACUUGCAAGUAGUCCAAAAGUUUGUCAAGUGCGAUUGGAUUUUGAAACAUUCACUUUAGCACAACCUGAUCCGAUGACAAACAUGUGCAAAGAUGAUUAUGUCGUAUUCAAUGGACUUCAAUUAUGCGGAGAGAAUUCUGGACAACAUGUAUAUUUGCCGCUUAACUACACAGACGGUGCUCGCCAAGUUGACUUUACAUUCCACUUAGCUGAUCGUCUUUCCUCUGGCAAUUCCAUGCCACACGCUCGAUGGAGAAUAAAAGUGACCCAGUUAGAAUGUCCUGAUCGAGUUGCAACCAAAUUCACCAACAACGGACAUUUAAGGAAUAAUCAUCAGAAAAAUACUAAUGAUGACUCAUUCUGGAUUGCUCCACCAGGCUGCUUGCAAUAUUAUCCACAACGUGAUGGGGAAAUAUCGUCUUUUAAUCUGGGUGGAGAUACAGGUCCUUAUCUAGCAAAUUUAGAUUAUGCUAUAUGCUUUAGACGAGAAGAAAAUACACGAUAUAUUGAAUUCAAUACAAGAACGUUUCAAGUAGCAGCAAAUGAUGUACUUGCCGGUGAAUUUGGCGCAGAUGAUCAAUGUCAACGUGGUGAAGAAACACAGGGUUCACAGGAAAGUGCAGAUUUUCUUGAGCUACCAGGAGGAGUGCUGGUUUCUCAGGCGUUAUCAUAUUAUACUAAAUAUUGCGGAACAUUAACGUCAACAAAUUUGCUAAGAGCAACAAGUCCUGGUCCACUAUAUGUGAGAUUUGUUAGCGACGGAUUAGUUAAUGACCAAAUUAGUCCAGAAAUUGGAUUCAGAAUGCAGUAUAACUUACGAACAUAA